CAUGCAUUUGAAAAUAUAUUACAAAUGUCAAUAACAAAAGAAGAUUUUCAUGUAUUAUUUAAACGAAUGGACUCUAUGCGCGAUAAAAAAAUAUCAUGGGAUGAAUUUCUAUCAUAUCUCUUGCUUGAAUAUCGAAUUGGAAAAAUAAAAUCACAAAAAAUUGAACGUUUUGAAUUGCCACUUACACAAUCACCAGAAAUAAAAAAUUCAAAACAUCACAGUGUCAUAUGUAGAAUAGUUUUUUGUCCAGAAAUAUUAUUAUCAAAAAAUAGAAAAACAAGUUUUAACAGUGGCUGUUAUUUAACAGCAAGUAGAGAUGGUACAAUUAAUUACUGGUCACUAGAUUUUGUGUAUCAACGUUCUGUUAAACCAAUUAAUCCAAAUUUACAUUCACAACCAACAAUAAUAACUGAUCUAAUUGCAAUGCCUGAUGUCCAAAUUAUUUGCACAAGUUCUGCAGAUAAUUCUGGUCCAUCAAUUAUGCCAUUUAUCAUUUUAUUUUCCCAGGGUAAAAUUGAUGGUUUACUUGUAACUGAAUUUAAUAAAAUUCACAGCAAUUGGGUCAGUCAAGUUGCUUACUAUGGAACACUCAGAGGAUUUAUUUCAUGCUCAAAAUGUUCCAAGUGUUCUUUAAUUUACAGUGAUGUUAUUGGAACUAAAAUGAAAUACAAAUUCAAUGUUAAUCUUGGAAUAUCUUGUUUCACAUACUGUGAAGGAAAACAAAUAUUAAUAACUGGUGGUCCUGAUUGUUUAAUACGUUUGUGGAAACCAUAUGUACCAAGUAAACCAGUUGGAAUAUUACGUGGCCAUCGAACACCAAUAUCAAAAUUAAUAAUCAAUGAAGAUUCAGAAUUAUUAUAUUCAUUAUCAAAAAAUAUGAGUAUCAAAGUAUGGGAUAUAUCAACACAAGAUUAUCUUCAAACAUAUAAUAAUUUACCAGAUAAAUUGAGUCAUCGUAGUACAAUAUCAGUACUAUUUAAUUCUGUAACACAAAAAAUAAUUAUUGCAAGUACAGUUAUUGUAUUAUUACAAUGUGAUAAAGCAAUUAAUGAAGCUCUAUCAGAUGGUGACAGUCAUGCUGGUAAAGUUACUUGUGUUAUUUACAAUCCACUAUUUAAAGUUAUUGCAUCAACUAGUACUGAUUCAUGUAUAAUUAUUUGGGAUCCAUGGCAAGGAAAACGAUUACAUUGUAUCACAAGUGCUCAUAAUAAAUUUGUUAAAGGUAAUCAUGUUGAAGUAGAAAUAAUAUCAGCAGCAUUUGAUUUUUCGUAUCAAUUUUUGGUCACUGGUGGUCGUGAUGGAUCAGUCAAAGUUUGGAGUUUUAGUUCUGGUGCUUGUGUUAAAAAUAUGUCAACUGAAAGCCAAUCAGCAAUAACUGGUAUUGUCUGGCUGAGAAAUCGUCUGGUAUUAUCUUCAUGGAAUCGUAUAACUGAGUUUGCUGAUACUGAAAUUGGAAUAUAUAAAAAAUCAUGGAAAACAAAACAUACUGAUGAUAUAGUUUGUACAGAUUAUUGUACAGAUACACUUGUUACUGCUUCUUACAAUGGUGAAUUGGUUUUUUGGAAAAUUGAUACAGGAGUAGCUUACAAAAGAUAUCAAGUCAUGAAUCCAACUGAAAAUACAAUUGAUGAAAUUGGCUAUGGAAUAUCAACAUAUAAAAGUGAAAAAUUAAAAAAAGAAAAUAGCCAAAAACAUGGUGCUAAUGAAUUAAUAAAAAUUGAAAAAAAUAUUAUUGAAUUAAAAAAAAUAGUACCAAUUCGUUCAGUUUUAUUUUUAUGCUCAAGAAAAAUUCAACGUAAUAUUGGAACAUUACUUGUAUCAUUGGAUUCUGGUUUGAUACAAGUUUGGAGUCAUCAUCAAGCUGGUGGUUUUAUUGAAUCAUUUAAUGUUGUUCAUGUUAAAAAUGAUUGCUGUUUAAGCAUGGCAACUGAUCCUGACAAUGAAUUUCUAAUAACUGGUCAUGUAAUGGGCUACCUAAAAAUUUGGCUAUUAAAAAAUUAUAUCAUUGAACCAGUACCAAAAAUAAGCAUGCCUGCUUUAAGACUUGAAUUUCCAUUUUUAUGGAAAGAUCGUAUUCCAGGUCGUGCCAAAAGAAGAGUUAAAAAUCAACCAUUACCCUUGUUACUGUCAUCUUUCAAAGGUCACAGUAAACCAGUUAAUGCAUUAAAAUUUUUACCUGGUGCUCGUUUAAUUGUCAGUGGAAGCUCAGAUCAUACAAUAAGACUGUGGACAUUGAGUGGACGUUAUAUUGGAACAUUUGGUUCAUCAAAAAAUUGGCCAAUCCUCGUGCCAAAUAUUCCAGCUAGAGAGUACUUGAGAAAAUAUAGACUUCCACCAGAAGUUAAAAGAAUUGGAUCUUCCACAACAAUCAAAGUACUUAAAGGUGGCUACAUUGGAGCAAACAUUGAUGACGAUGAUGAUGAUGAUACUGAAAAAUCAAAAAAAGUACCAUUAAAAUUAAGACACGUUUUAUUCAGUGAAAGAUUCGUCAAGCCAAUUAAUAAUAAUGAUCGCUAUGAAGCACCAAGACCAGAACUUGAAGCAAAUGUUACACUUGACACAUCAUAUGAACAUAUACCAGCAUUUUCACAUCUAAAAAUCUACAAUAUUGAUCCAAUUAAAAAUUGAUAAAUUAUGAUAAAAAAAAAAUUUAUUUUUUCAAUACAACAGAUUACAUUAAUACUUAUUUUUUAUAUG